CACAGAGCUGCUACAGAAGGAUUAAAUGACCUGCCCCAGGAUGACGGAGUGGAGUCAGUCAUCAGAGGGACAACACGACCCCUUCACCUGGUUUAGAAAGUUCCAGCUCCAGUCUGUGAUCAGGGAUGGAUUAGUCCCAGAAUGGUUUCAUGGGAUCAUUUCCAGGAAGACAGCAGAGGAACUACUCAUGCCCAAGCCAACCGGUUACUUCCUCAUCAGAGUCAGCGAGAGCAGGAUUGGCUACACGCUGUCACACCGUUCUGAGGACCGCUGCAGACAUUUCAUGAUUGAUGUACUGGAGGAUGGUCAGUACAUCAUCGUGGGGGAGAACAGGCGCCACCGGUUCCUGCAGGACCUGGUGGACUUUCAUCGCAGGACUCCCAUAAUGCCUUUCAAUCAAGUGCUGACUGUUGCAUGUGGACAGUCCCAAAACAAUAACACAAACUACGCUGAGCUGUUGUUUCCUCGAAGACAUCCAAACUCUGCCGCCGUAUUGCCACCAAACAGCUACAUGCCUCCCGACACGAGGCAUCCAGUAGAACAAGAUGAUAUUCCACCUGCCGUUCCCAGCCGACCAAAUCACCUGAAGACCUCUGUAGUCCCGUCUCCAAACAGCCAACAAAACAUGCUGUACCCUGAUCUGAAAGAUGAGCCCCACCACGUCCCCUCCCCAAUUCCAGAUAAGCCUGUGCCAAAGACCAGGAGGAAAUAUCCAGCCGAUAACCUCCCCCUGAACCAGCCUCCUGAAGUCCCCUCUAGGAGUUGCGUACCUCAGAGGCUGAACCAGGCUUGCAUCAGAACCAUCUCUGCACCUGAAGCCCCCCACACGCCCCCCACCUCUGAACUAAAACCCUGCACCAAUGAUGACCCCGUAAAGGUUCAGGAGGCGAAGUUGUCCGUCGUCUCCAACCUGAAGAACCUCAAGAAAAGACUUCAGAAGAAGAAGUGUCCUUCAAAAGAUACUGACUAUGCAGAGAUUAAUUUGGAGGUAAGUGAGAAGAGCGAAGACACGGAGAAUGAAUACCAGGAGAUCAGGGAGGACCAGCCCUUUAAUGCUGCACCUCACUUCUACAAUCCCAUGAGGCUGACGGAGGAGUAUCUGCCACCUCCACCUUUUGCCCCAGGUUACUGAGACACGGUGGGGACUGUAUGUUUCUGUGAUGGGCUGGGGAUCAUGUAGGGAUGGAUGGAUGGAUGGAUGGAUGGAUGGAUGGAUGGAUGGAUGGAUGGAUGGAUGGAUGGAUGGAUGGAUGGAUGGAUGGUUGUUGUAGCAGCAUCAGAUGAAGAUCUGUUUUCAGGAAUACUGCAGAAAUUGACUUCUGGUCAAACUUGUUUCAUAUGUAGAACUGUACUAGUUGUGAGUGUUAAAAUUAUUGUUACAUUUUUUUCCCCACCAAAUGUCUAUGCAUGGUUUUGUUGCAUCCUAAUAGUAGCUUUGUACACAAACUAUGAAGACUAUGUACAAUUGAACACAUUGUUGUUUAAGACUGAAGGAUGUGAUGUUAUUAAACAAAACCUACCAAAG